UAUGGUAAACAAAGAAGAACUGAAGAUCAACUGAGAUUGACAAAGGAGCAACUGAGAGUGAAAGAAGAGCAGCUUAAAAUAAAUGAGAAGCAACUGCGAGAAAAAGACAAGCUAGUGAUGGAGAAAGAUAAGCAAUUGAGAGAGAAAGAUAAGCAAGUGAGAGUGAAAGAUGAGCAACUUAAAGUAAACGAUGAGCAACUACAAGAGAGAGAUGAGCAAUUGAGAGUGAUAGAAGAGAAACUGAGAGUGAAAGAGGAGCACCUUAAAACAAACGAGAAGCAACUGCACGAAAAAGACAAGCAAGUUGAGGAGAAAGAUGAGCUACUGAGGAUGACACAAAAGCAACUGAGAGUGAAAAAUGAGCAAAAACAGCGUUUACAAAAACAGUUGAUCACUUUAGAAGGUGAUAAAAAGAAAGAAAGCGCUCAAUUCCAAGAACAGUUAAAUGUGAAGGUGCAAGAACUGACCGACUUACGAAAAGAGUUAAGAGAUCGUGAACAAGACAACGUUGUACUCGAAAAAGACCUUUCCACAACUAAAGAAAAAUUAACUGAAUAUGAAAGUCAGUUAAAGGCACGUGACUGGGUCCUUUGCCGAGAUGAAGUUCAGUUAAGUAAUGAACGUCUGGGGGUGGGGUCGUUUGGACGAGUUGUGAAAGGUAGAUAUUGUGGGUGUGUGGUGGCUAUAAAACAACUUCAUCUGCCAACUCUUAAUCCGCGACAGCGCCGUUUGUUUCAACGGGAAAUGGAUAUAGCCUCAAGAUGCCGUCAUCCAUGUUUGUUACAGUUCAUCGGGGCUACCGAAGACGAAAGUCCCUUGUUUGUUACGGAAAUCAUGGAGACAAGUUUACAAAACUUGUUACAAAAGCGGAAGCAAAAGAAUCAUCACCUCACCGAGACUGAUACCAUUUUUAUAUCUUUGGAUGUUGUUCGAGCCCUAAACUACCUUCAUCAACGAAAACCUGAGCCAAUUGUACAUCGUGAUGUGAGUAGCGCUAAUGUGUUGCUGUGGAAACAGAAUAACCAGUGGAGAGGCAAACUGGGGGAUUAUGGAACUGCUAAAUUUCUUCAAGAAACUAUGACAGUUGCUCCUGGAGCUAUGAUUUACGCCGCGCCUGAAAUAGGUUGUCCUUUCAAGCAAACUGUGAAGGUAAGUCUAUUAUAUGGAAUCAGUUUGUAAAGUAAAGUUUAAUGACUUUCUUUUAAUCCAGUGUAGAUUGAGCAAUUGUCUCAAUAUGAACAACACUAAUAUCUAUUUCAACCUCUCAUGUAGUUAUUAUAGCUGUAAAAGAAUGUUGUGUUUCGUACUGGUGUCACCACUGACGCCAGACUUUUUUUUUAAAGAGCAAUUUCAGGAGGGUUGUGAAAAUGUACAUUUUGUUUUGCUUCUAUGAUUUUUUCCGUCCUAUUUUUCUGUGAAAUUAUCUAAUGCAGUGUUUAUUCGUUAUUUUAGUUAUCCAAGCAAAAACGAGAAAUAAUACCUUUUCAGGAUCCCGAUAUCGAAAUUUAGCAGCCUUUGCCUCUAUAACGGAGCCAUCAGGCAAAAUAAACUUCACUGUAACUGUUCGUGGUGAAGUAUUGGCUAUGGUGAAGCAUAUUUCAAGGCCAUCGACUGGCCUACAGUAGAGAGAUUUAGGGUGAACGUUUAUGGCAAACGUAAACGUCAGAUUCAAGUUGCCAAUUUCUCACAAUAGAAAACGAGCAGACAAAAAUAGUCCAAAACAACUUUUAUGGAUAAACCUGUGUAGAAGUAAUGAACAAUAGAAGACAAGUAAAUGGAAAGCUUGGUUACGUGCCGGUGUUACAUUUCGUGCUUUCCGUUUGCCGUAAAUGUGACUAUUAGAGACCUUAAGAUUGAGGUUUUUCGGUGGUUCCCGCCACUGCGAACGUCGAAUCACGUGACUAGUGCCUUGCCGUCAGGUUGGCGAUUUAAGGCGUUUGUACGGCUGGACCACGCUCUAGGGGAUUUACCACAAGCUUUUUUGCACCCUAACACAUCACAAUCCCACGUUUGAGAGGUAUACCACGGUUAAUAACUCUUUUGCUUAUUAAUUAUCGAAUUCUUUUUCAUCUGAACCUAAUUUUAGAGACGAUCUCUCAGCUAAAAUUGCAGUCCAUGAAUUAAUCAAAUAAAUGAAAACGAACAUGGCAGCCGCCAGCUACCACCCGUUAAUCUUAAGAUACAAAUAUGAGCAGACGGCUAAUGUGAAACCGCUAACCGCGGUUUACCCUGUUUGCGGUAAGAUGGCCAAACCUCGAUGUUAAAGUCUCUAUUGUCAGGUUCCCACCCUCAGCAGAGAUAUUGGGCAUGUGAAAGUUUCAUGACCUUUUGUAGCGUAACAGGAACAGAUACCAAAUAAAACCGAAGAUGUACUUAAUUCAGGUAAUUUGUUUUGUUGUCUUAGAUUGAUGUUUACAGUUUUGGAAUUCUCUUCUGUGAAAUGUGCACCGGGGAACUGCCAGAACCUGAAAAGCGGGAGGAACAAGCGAGACUGGUAACUAACAAGAAGUUUGGGGAGCUGAUAUUGUGGUGUAUUGAAGAAGAUCCAGAAAUGAGACCCAGCAUGGAAGAGGUUAUUGAGAAGCUGGAGCAGUUAAAUAACAAGUCUUAA